AUGAUCUCGCGGGUUUUCCAAAUUAUACUAAUUUUCCUGGCCCUCGCCCUCGUGCAGUGCGAGUUGGACUGGCAAACUGAAAACGAGGUGGCUGACAAUAAUGUGGCCGACCCAGUGCUCUACCACCCGCGAAUGAUCUACGGCGAGAAUUCCUACUGGACAAACUCCGACGAAGAAACCGAACCGCCAUCACGGUACAACGACGCCCUAUUUGCCAUCAAUAAUAAUGCA